ACAGUUAUAAAAAUGAUGCCAAACAAACACAUCGCAGAAAUUCCAAAUCAUCGAAUUGGGUUCAACAUAAUCCAAGAACUUUAAUUGGAAUAAAAACAGACUCUAAGGAAUGGCGAAACAGACAGAAUAAAAAGAGGAAUCAAAAGGCAAAUGCUUACAAUAAAUCAACAUAUCUUUUAGAUAUACAUCGUAGUAGUGAUAGUGUUAACACUAACUCGGAUGACGCGAACUAUCAACAACAGCAUGAUCCAAUGUAUUAUCGUAAUAUCAACAACGGAGAACAAAUACAUUCAAAACUGAAGGAGCUUAAUGCAAAUACUAAUAACAAUGCUCCCACACAGUAUUAUACCAAUUAUGAAGAGGAAAAUAUGAUUCACGAGUCUAUACCUAUGGAUAUACCUGAUCAAGAUGCACUUGGAUUUGAGCGCGAAGACUUCUUUGGUAACACCCAAGAGAUUAUCACAUUUGCAGAGGAAGGAACACAAUAUCAUCAAUAUCGUAUAGUUGAGUUUUCUCCACAAAAACGGACACCAAAUCAAAAGCUAUCUAUUCGAAGUGCGCAAAUGCAUUUACGAAUUGAGAAACACCGUAAUGGCAGGGAUGCAACAUCACCAGGAAUUAAUUUUCAAAUACAAAAAUUACUUGAAAUAAAGCGAAAAAAGAAGAACCAUUACAUUGGAAGUGGAAGUGUGCCGCGCGAACGAAUUAAAAUAUGGGUAUUCCGUAUGACUGAUAACAUUAAUAUCACAGAAAAGGUAGUUGAUCAAGCUUUCUUAUUCCGGGCGUCAUUUGAAGUUGUAACCGACAAUUUGGGUUGGCAACGUUUUGACAUGACCGAAACAAUUAGGGAGUGGUACAGCGAUCACAAGAAUAGAAAUUUGCGUCUGUUGAUUGACUGCACGGGAUGUGGAAGCCAAUAUUCGUUGCACUUGUUCCCAAGGUCGUCGUCCAUCCAAGCAUUCAAAAAUAUGAAAUCGAUGAAUAACGUAAAUCCGAAUCGCCCUUUUCUUGUGCUUCAUACCGAGCCAACAAGACCGAGACGUGUGAGAAGACGUGCUUUGGAUUGUGGUGGUACCACUAGUGGACAAUGCUGUAAGGAAUCGUUUUAUGUAUCGUUUAAGGCGCUUGGAUGGGACGAUUGGAUCAUCGCACCCCGUGGGUAUUUUGCAAAUUAUUGCCGUGGCGAAUGCACUGGGCCUUUUCGAACUCCGGAUACGUUUCAAACAUUUCAUACGCAUUUCAUAGAAGAAUAUCGAAAAAUGGGACUGUUAAAUGGAAUGAAACCCUGUUGUGCUCCUGUCAAGUUCUCGAGCAUGUCGUUGAUCUACUAUGGCGACGAGGGUAUAAUUAAACGUGAUUUGCCAAAAAUGGUUGUUGACGAAUGCGGCUGUCCUUAAGAGUAAGUCAUUCAAAAUUCACUUUAUAAUAU